AUGGGUUUUGGCGAUCUAACAAAGGAAUCUGGUGUCAAGGCUCUUGACGAUUACCUUCUUACAAGGAGUUACAUUGAAGGUUAUCAGCCAUCGAAAGCCGACACGGUUGUGUUUGAUGCACUUGGCAAAGCACCCGUCGACAAGUAUGUGUGCGCCAGCCGCUGGUACAACCACAUUAAGUCUUUUGGCGAUCAAAGAAAAAAAUUCCCUGGACAGGCCAAAGAUGUCUCCUCGUACGGUUCUUCAGCUCCCGCGAAGGCUGCUGCCACGAAAGAUGAAGACGACGAUGAUAUCGACUUUUUCGAGUCUGAAGACGAGGACGAAGCCGAAAAGCGCAGAGCUGAACGUGUGGCUGCAUACAGUGAGAAAAAGAAGGAUAAGAAACAGAUAACUGCGAAGUCAAUGAUCAUCCUAGACAUCAAGCCUUGGGAUGACGAGACGGACAUGAAUGCAAUGGAAGAAGCUGUCCGUUCCAUUAAGACAGAUGGCCUAGUUUGGGGUACCUCAAAGCUUGUACCCGUAGCGUUCGGUAUCAAAAAGCUUCAAAUUACCUGUGUUGUCGAAGAUGAUAAGGUCGGUACCGAUUUCCUCGAAGAAGAAAUUUCGAAGUUCGAAGAUUACGUCCAGUCAAUCGAUAUUGCAGCUUUCAACAAGUUGUAA